UGUAUUCAAAACUAAUUUUAUUAACUUAUAUUACUCAAUAAGGGCCCUUUUUUUAUAUUCACUAGAAAAAGUCCAAGAUUUCCGCCUCACGCAAGCUGAUGCUGAAGAGUAUGAUGGUGGCUAAAGCUAAAGAGGAUUUGGAGCAGGAGCUGGAAGAUAAGGAGGAGGAGAAGCUGAGGUAUCUGUCUGAGAAAGCUCCUCCCCUACAGACCAGCAGCAUGUCUUUUGCAGAGCUCCAGGAACUGUGUCGAGAGCUUCAUGCCAAGAUAGAUGAAGUGGAUGAGGAGCGCUACGAUAUUGAAGCUAAAGUGCAACAUAAUACCAGAGAGAUAAAAGACCUGAACAUUAAAGUCCUGGACCUGAGAGGGAAGUUCAAGCGGCCCAACCUGAGGAGGGUGAGGGUCUCUGCAGACGCCAUCCUGCGCUCUCUCCUGGGCUCCAAACACAAAGUUUCUCUGGACCUGAGAGCAAACCUCAAAUCAGUCAAGAAAGAGGAUACAGAGAAGGAAAAGUCAGUGGAGGUCAGUGACUGGAGGAAAAACGUGGAGGCCAUGUCUGGGAUGGAGGGUCGUAAGAAAAUGUUUGAUGCUGCCAAGGGGCCUACACAGUGAACUAGUCAUGGAGACGAUGAAGUGGAGAAAUAAAGAAAUAAAGAUGCUGAUGUCUGUUUAUCCACACCCAGCCUGCUGAAAACAUCCAACAUUGUUAAUAUUUGUGUUUUAGUACUGUGCAGAAGUUUUAGGCACAUUUUUACAGUAUUUAACAUCAUUAAGCUCUGAUUUACAAAACCCGGUGUUAAUUUAAUGAAAGCUACAAAUAACACUUCACUCCUUUAAGGAGAAUUUUUUCAUUAAAUUAAUUUUAGUUUAUUUAUUUUAUAAAAACAAUAAUUUUAAUUGGAAUUGGAAUUAAUUGCAAAUGAGAGGCAUGUAACCCUAGAGAACACACCAAUGAAAACAUAGGUUCAAAACCACAUUAAAAAAAUGAAAGACAAAACCAAAUUAAAUCAUGACCAAAAUGAGAAGGAAAGAGAAUAGAGAACAAAAAAGUUAUUAUACAGUAAAGUUGAAAAAGACAAAUACAUGAAUUAAUAACAUGCAAUAAUUAAAAAAUCAGAAAACAGAUAAAUCUAAGACAAUAAAUAAACAGCAUAACUACAUGGAUGACUAAUUAUUACUGUUGAUGUUAAUAAAAACAUUUUUCAGAUAAUCAGUGUAUUGAAUAUACAGAAUAUCAUUGAAAAGUUACUUUAUUUCAGUACUUCAGUAAAAAAAUGUGAAACUCAUAUAUUAUAAAGAUGUAUUAAACACAGAGUGAUCUAUUUUAAGCGUUUAUUUAUUUUAUUGUUGUUAAUUAUGGAUUACAGCCAAUUAAAACCCCCCCAAAAAAUAGUGUCUCAGAAAAUUGUGUGCCAAAUACUGCUGGAAAAUGAAAUCCACAUCUGCAUGAAGUGCUGUAAGAUUGUCUUGUUUAAGGAAAUGUUUUCAUUAUAAUUAUCUGAGGUGCCUAAAAUUUUUCUUUGCGCAGUACUGUAUGCUCUCUGUAUGGUAUAUGUAGAUGUAUUGCCCGCAUAUAUGAAAAAUUAGACUUUUGUUUGAAAUUAGUCUGAAUGGUUUGUUGUUUUUCCAGACAGGCUUUUGCUGUUACACACCAGUUUUUUUUUUUUUUUUCAGUUUGUCCUGAUAGUAUUUUCUAAAAUGUAUUACCGAUAAUGAUUUACGUAAAUGGCCAGUAAUAUGUUUCUGAUUAAAUGAAUAGAUUUGAUAAGAAAAUACAGCCACUGAUUUUUUUGUCAGUCCAAAUGUGUUUUAUUAUGAGCUCAAUAAAGUAUUUUCUAUGAAGUAUAAGCGCUUAACUUGACUUGUUAUUAUCUUCAUUAAACAAAAAUCAGUUAUGUUAAGUUACUGGUGUGGCACAGUGGAUAACAUCACUAUCUGCAAAUGAGCUACCACAUCACUGUGGGAGACUGGGGUUCAAUUCCUGGCCUGGGUGACUGAAUACUCUGCUACACCAAUAAGAGUCCUUGGGCAAGACUUGGGCAAAAUAUCUGUUAUAAUGAUUUACAGUAUCAGACCUCUUCUCAUUCAAUGUGUUUUCUUUCUUUUUAUGAUUUUUACAUUGUAAAAUGUAUUAUUGAAGACUAUAUUAAAUCUAUACAGGAACAUAUGUUAAAUUAUAAUGUUAAUAAAAAGUGUUAAACAAA